AUGGCAGAACCAAAGGCUAUCCUGACUGACGGAACGUCCACGAAACCAACAAAGAAUGCUGCAAAGCCUCGCAAACGGUUUGUAGGAUCAAAAUCUGCUACUCCAUCCAAGCCAGGACUUGCUGCAACCGUAGCGAACCAAAUACCUGAGGAUAUCUUGACAGACGUCCUUCUCAAUGAAGCUAUCAAUCAGAUCCCUUCCAAUUACUCUUUCGAAAUCCAUAAAACUAUCCAUCACAUCAGAAAGAACAAGGCACGGAUGGUAGCGCUUCAGAUGCCCGAAGGUCUGCAGAUGUUUGCUUGUACAAUAGCGGACAUUAUCGAGCGUUUCACCGAAGCACUGACUGUCAUUAUGGGCGAUGUCACAUACGGUGCAUGUUGCAUCGACGAUUACACAGCUACUGCGCUGGGCUGCGACAUGCUUGUUCACUAUGGUCACAGUUGUCUUAUUCCAAUUGACCAGACAUCGAUUAAGACGUUGUACAUCUUUGUCGAGAUAGCAAUCGAUUCAUCACAUCUCACAGAGACUAUUCGCCUCAACUUCCCAAACGACCGCCAAAUAUUUCAUGAAACUUUAUUGGACUCAGAGGACACUGAUAGUCAAAUCCCUACCGGCCGUCAAAUCGGUCAGACUGCUCACCUUCGGAUAGAAGGACCCAGUCAAUCUAGCGCGAACCCAGAUAAACCUGAAAGUACUUCGUCGAAUAUGCCACAUGAACCCACGCGGCUAGCGCUGGUUUCUACAAUACAAUUUGUAGCGGCCCUUCAGAGGCUCAAAGAGGACCUUAUAGUUGAGAGCACUAGCUUAGAUGAUACUGCCGGUCUUCUUCGGGCUUCGUCGAGUUCCAACUCCACCGAGGUAACCGAGACUGCAUCUACGCGCAACAAUAUAUGGACCGGGAAAUAUCACGCUACUAUACCGAGAUCCAAGCCUCUAUCACCUGGAGAAAUAUUAGGGUGCACGGCACCACGCCUCGAUGAUGUUGAUGCGCUGAUAUAUCUUGGUGAUGGCCGCUUUCACCUUGAAUCCAUCAUGAUAGCAAACCCUACUGUUCCGGCUUUCCGAUAUGAUCCUUAUUCCAAAAAACUGACAAGGGAACGUUAUAACCACGAGGAAAUGAGGACAGUCCGCGAUGAAGCAGUUCAGGCAGCUAGAAAGAGUCUAGCUGCCUUUUCAUCUGACUCUGCUGAUGUCGUCGAAGCCGUCACCUCGCUUGAUAACCUGGCUGAUCCGAUAUGGGGUGUUAUCCUUGGGACCUUAGGAAGACAGGGCAGCUUCAAGCAGCUCCAAGCCAUCACUAAUCAGCUAUCCACCUCUCGCGUUCCCAUAUCAUACAUGCCCAUACUUUUGUCUGAGCUUUCUCCUGCAAAGCUAGCUCUAUUCAACCCCCAUAUAUCAACUUUCAUUCAGACGUCUUGUCCAAGGUUAUCCAUCGACUGGGGAUAUGCCUUUGACCGACCGCUGUUAAGCCCGUACGAGACAUCAGUUGCUGUUCGCCAGGCGAAGGGGUGGGUGGACGAGUCUAAGCAGGGACAAGCGAGAAUGAAGGAUGGUAUUUACCCCAUGGAUUUCUACGAGGCUGGAAGCCCGUGGGCCAUUUCAAGAACGAAAGCUACAUUCUGAUGAUCGAAGUCUGGUAUUCUCAUCUUGGAUUCUUCGGAGAUCGACUUUCACCUGAUUUACUACGGUAGCGACGGUUAAAUCAAUACGUGGGGAAUGAGAGCAUAUACAUAUAUGCAUGAUAGCGACAAAAGUGUGCAAAGAUAAUGUAAAAUAUCUGAGAUUAGUAGUGUAUAUAUUACUUGGAGAUGCAAGUAUCGAGAAAGCCAUCUAGCGUUUGUGGAUUUGUAGGACUACAUAACGUGUCGAAGUUAGGGAAGUUUCCUGCAUAUACAGCCGCUGGUGUUGUGGUCCAUGAUGGAUCGUCAACUUCUUUCUGACCCAACAGGUCAAGCAGAGAAGGCUGCGGCCGUGCAAGAAUCGUUGUGGCCCGUUCCACAAACUGCAUUGAUGAUCCGACAGGGUAGGAGAAUGCGACUGAUAGGCCACCAUAAUCUGUGGAACUGGGAUCACUGGUGUUCUCCGUUGCAGCAAGCUCAGGAUGUAAAACUAUCCAUGUGCGUUUUCGCAGCACUGCGACAAACUCCACAACGCUUGACACGAUUACAUUAUAAGGUCGUAGAUUCUGUAGGAGGCUCUCUGCUAGUGCUAUCCACUCGUCAAGUUCCUCGUUUUGGUCGUCAUGAGGGUCCACUACUAUCGCAAAGGCAAGAGCCACUGUUUUCUUUUGUUAUAACACUGUCAGCACCUAGGCACAAUACAAACUACUCACAUGCUGCAUCAAAAGUCCAGAGGACCAGAGAGGACCAGCGCAAUUGCGCCCGGUGAACCUGGCUUUGGACCAAUUGGUGCAAAGCUAACAGCCUUUUACUAAAAUCGUCAUACGAGUAAGCUAAUGCAGUGAAAUAAAAUAGCAUGUAAGAUAUGUGCUGUACCAGAAUGUGAGACAGACGGCCUUGGCAUGGCGAUGAA